AUGAUUUCGAGCCUGAUUAACCUCCCUAUUCGCCUCGAUUCAUUAUUUAACUUGUCCAAGGCUCGCGGUCUUUCCCUUUCCUUCCGAUGCGGCAAGUCUACGGCCGCCGAUUAUGAAGCCGGAGAACCUUCUCCGCUGCCCGCAGCCGGUACGGAAGCGGACUCUGAGAUGCCCGGUAUAGAGAGCAAUGGGAGCAAUCACAGUGAUGAGGAGCAUCCCUAUCACCACGUUUUUCAGAUUCACAUGUUGAUCAGAAUUGUUCAUGCUGUUGAAAUGGACAGGAGCUUCUACAAAUUGAACGUUGCCUUUCUACUGCAAGAUCUGUCUGAUGAAGAGAUCCUUCUUCAGUGCUCCACCUCACCUUCUGCUGAAGGCCCAGAUUUUGUGAACAACAUGAAAAGGAUCCCGCCCCACUCCCCCCAGCUUCUGAUGGCGUCUCCUGCGCGAUGCUUCAUCGCCGACAGCGAGCUCGAUAUGGGCUGCACGGAAGAGAAUGAGGAGAAGGAGGACAGUCUCCUCCCCUGCUCGCAGCCGCCGCCGGGUUGGGACACCGGGAGGGCGGCGGAUCUGCUCUUCUGGAACCCUUGGACGAAGGAGCUCAUUUCUUUCAAUGAAGGGAAGAGGGGAAUGGAACUGAAUGUGGUGUCGGUGGUGAGUGGGACGGGGAACUAUCUGGUUGAGAAACCGGCGCAGAUCUACACUCCUCUGAUCCGGCGCCGGGAAAACAGAGACGUCGCAGUUUUUCAGGGUCGGUCGAGGAAAACAAUUAGACCCGGCGUGAAUGAGACGGAUCUCCCCAAGGAUACACGCUUAUCAGGUGACGCAGCUCGUUCGUUCAUAGAGCUGUCUCCUAGUGAGCUUCAGCUAAAUCUGCACACAAGAGGGAUUGUACAGGGGAGGUAUGCGUCGAGAAGAGAAAGCAGGCAGUGGUAUGGAGGAGAAGGCAAAAGAUGGCUCUUCGGAACAUUCAUCUGA